AGAGACAGCCACCUAGCUACGCAGUUGUUUGCUUUAUCGGAUUUGUUGGAAUUUUCCACUACGGAGUUUGUUUACAAUAUAGUUUAGAAGUACCGUGUAGACUGGAGGAUAAUAUACCAAAACAAAACCGGAACGGAGCUUUUCGAGAAAUAGUUGCGAUCUCUCAGGGGCUACGUUUCGCAGUUCAUCUGUUUUUUUGUUUUGGACUUUGAGGAGCGGAUGGGGUUAACUAGCUGUUAGCAUCGUUCGGUUAGAUAAGCUACUGGAGCCCGGAGCGGGGUUAGCAUUUAGUAGUUGAGAUGGAGUUUAUUGGAGUUGGCGGAGGAACAGGUGGAGUGGUGGUGAGCGGUGGUAACGUCCCGGCAUUUCUUACUAAACUGUGGACGCUUGUGGAAGACCCGGAGACGGACCCUCUUAUCUGCUGGAGCCCGAGUGGAACCAGCUUCCAUGUUUUUGAUCAAUGUCGGUUCUCUAAGGAAGUUCUACCAAAGUUCUUCAAACACAACAACAUGGCCAGCUUCAUUCGACAGCUCAACAUGUAUGGUUUCCGUAAAGUGGUGCACAUCGAGCAGGGCGGCUUGGUGAAACCAGAGAAAGAUGACACAGAGUUCCAACAUCCAUUUUUCGUCAGAGGGCAGGAGCACCUGCUGGAGCACAUCAAACGAAAAGUCACCAACGUGUCAUCAGUCCGUCAAGAAGAAAUGAAGAUGUCGACAGACGAAGUCAACAAAAUCCUGAGCGACGUUCAGUUGAUGAAGGGUAAACAGGAAACCAUCGACUCCAGGAUCAUCGCCAUGAAACAUGAGAAUGAGGCUUUAUGGAGGGAGGUGGCCAGUCUGAGACAGAAACAUGCGCAGCAGCAGAAAGUUGUCAACAAGCUGAUCCAUUUUCUGGUGUCUCUUGUCCAGACCAACCGAAUCUUGGGAGUCAAGAGGAAGAUACCUCUGAUGCUCAAUGACUCUAGCUCCGCCCACUCUAUGCCCAAGUACAGCCGACCCCUGACACUGGAGCACAUUCAGAACGCAGCCGCCAAUCUCCUCUCACCGGAUUCACCCCUGAAUUCUGGACCGAUCAUCUCGGACAUCACAGAGGAAGCGCCGUCCUCCCCAGAGGACGCAGCCACUGACUGGAAUGACCUGGAAGAGAACCAAUCAACUUUUAUCAAAGAGGAGCCAUGCAGUCCUGAGGUGGAGGAGUGUCCUGUUCUGGAGGUGGAGCAGGAUUCACUCCCGGCAAACGUUGAUACGCCUCUGUCCCCCACCACCUUCAUCAACUCUAUCCUUCAGGAGGAAACGCAGCUGCCGCAGGUCACCUCCUCCUCCACCUCCACCACCACCACCACAGCUACCACCACCAUCACCCCAGCAGCUCCGCCUGUUGUGACAAGCCCCGCCUCCGCCGGGCCUGUUCAGUCGGCUUCUGCUGUCAAAGCUCCGGCUCCUGUUUCCAGCUCAAACUCCGCCUCUGUCCCAAGCCCCGCCAAACCUAAACAGAAAUGCCAGACCAUCGCCCGACUCGACAGGUUCCUCCCCCCACCGCCUGCAGGUGGACACACACCUGAUGUUUGGCGCAUCCUAUCGAAACAUCCUGAGAAGUGCGAACUCUCCGAUCACGUCGACAGUAUUGACAACGGUUUAGAAAACCUGCAGGGUAUUUUGAACUCUCAAACCUUCACCUUUGACCCCUCUCCCCUCAUGGAGUUCUUCAGCUCAUCCAUUCCCUCUGCAGACUUUGACAUCGAAAGUUUGGAUAAUCUGCUGUCUGACGAAGCCCCUAAAGAAAGUGAAGACAGAACAGGUAACCACCGUUUCCCCUCGCUCGCACCACGCCCUGCUGUCGUGACUGUGACCGUGUCUCCUCGGAUUUGCGCAGGGAAGCAGCUGGUGCAGUACACCGCCACGCCUCUCCACCUGACCGAGCCGGUGGUCCUGGGAGAGGGCGACGCCGACCUCCCGUCCCUCCUGGAGUACGAGACGGAGCCGCUGUUCAGCUCGGAGGUGGCUGGCGACGAUCCGCCGGAAGUCCUGCUGAGCCCCUCCCAACUGGACUCUAACCUCUAAUAUCCUGCAGAAUGUAAUGACUCCUCAGUAACAACAUGACACCAGGCAGCAGGUCAGCAGCAGCAAUAGACGACGACGAAGAAAUCGAUGGGUUGUAGAUCAAUCAUUAGGUCAGAUGUCAUGUUUUUAUCAGGCAGAUGUUAUUAAUCGAUAUUAAUCCAUUUCUAUACUUUAGGAUUUUUAUUUUAGGUUUUAUUUUUGUGUUUGCCACCUAAAUCAAAACCUUUCUUUGUAGCUUGUGAAAAAAAAAAAAAAAAAGAUGAAAAGUAAGAAAAAAAAGCAAGCAAACCCGGGUCACAUGCGCCUGCUGGACAGAUCUGGAGGCGGUCGCACAGCGCGUGAUGUCGGGAUCAUGUGACCCUGGUGAUCGCCGCGUUGCAUGUUUAAGUCACAUUUGAUGGCUGUAUUUGUUUUCACGUGUAUAAUUUAAACAUAAAGAAGAGGAUCGGAAUAUUUUUGGAAGAAUUUAUUGCAGAGUGUUUAUCCUCCUCCUGUUUCAUCAGACAGAAACGCUUCGAUCCAGACCUUUCCUGAGGUUUCCUGCGUAUUUUCUAACGCUGGACCCCUGAUUAGGCAUGGGCCGCUACGACAAUUUAACUGUGUGAAAAAUGCUACUGUAUCACUGUAUGUACACAAACAUGUAUGACACGAUCAGUCUGCAAAUAUCCCUCCUGCUACUAAAAUUGCUGUUACGUUAUCAGCAAAAGUUAUGGAUUAUUUUAGAUUUUUAUACUUAGAUUUAAGCAGAAAUGUAGAAUAAAACACUUGAUUGUUUUUGUGAUUUCUGAAACGCUUGUUGUGCUGAAUAUUGUAGCUUUUGUCAGUGUUUUUGCGAGUGGAAAAAGUUUUAAUAGAUGACCAGGAGAGCGCAGCAAUAAGUCAGAAAAUUCUGCCCUUUUUGUUUUUUUCUGAGCUUUUAGGAAGGAACAAAAUGAUGGAAAAUUUCAACGGUUUUUGGAAGCGCAGCUUUUUAAAACCUUGGUAGACUCUGAUACCGGUAGCCGGCCCAUGCCUACUCCUGACAGUGCUGGAGUUUUGACAGAAAAUUAAAGUAUCUCCAAAACGAAAAUAAGAUGAAAAACUUUUAACAAGAGGUUUGUUAUCUUAGAAGGUUUCUCUGUCUGGUCUAAAACGCAUUAGUUUGUCAGCAGCUCCAUCAGUUUCCUACAUUUUUUCCAAAGUCAGUUUAGAGUGGAGGCAUUUCUGUGUAAUGGUACUUUUGUUGGGUCCAGUGUUGCCAGAACCAGAACAGAUUUAUGGCAAAAACUUACUUCAGGACAUCAGGUGUCGCGUUUCAGUUUUAAUGAAACAUAUCCGAGAUUGUUUUUACUCACAGUCUGAAGCAUGGAUUCACCUUUUAUACUCACGUUUGUUUUAUUUGAAUGAACUUCCAACUUCAGCUUCUGAAGGGUUAUUAGAGCUUAAAGUUGAGUCACUUUAUUUAAAAUGUAAAAAUGUAUAAGGAAAGCUUGGCUGGGAUUGUGCAGGUUUAAUAUAUUUCAAUAGCAAAGAUGUGGGUUUGACACAAGGGCUGCACAUUAAGAAAACAUAAGAUUGCAACUUUAGUGAAGAAUAUACACCACAUUUUCCUCACUCUUAACUUCUCCAUCAACACUCCACCAUUGUUCUAGAGGUUUAGCCUCAAAAAACUCUGUCAGGUGUGAACAAAUGCAAAUCUUAAUAACUUAAUUAUUGAAAGGUUGGUUCACUUCAAACAGAUAAACUAAUGAGUAGUCUUUACACAUAUUUCCAGUGGCUAACAUCUAAUGGAAAACAAAAAUUCAGGUUCUCAGGAUAUUAAGUUACAAUUUAAAAACAGGAAGUCUAAUUCCUGAAGUUCAGGGAAACUGAAACAACAUCUGCAGUUGGUAACUGGUUGAGACUCAUUUUGCAUGAAUUAAUGCAUCAAUGCGGUGUAGCAUGGAGGUGCUGGUGAUGUUUUAAACUUGGUUUUCAGCUUAUCUGUAUUGUUGGGUCUGGCAUUUCAUCUGCAUCUUGACAGAACCCGGUAGAUUCUCUGUGAGGGUGAGGUCAGUUUUGACUAAAUUCCAAUAAAAUCAUCAACUUGAAGUUUAGCAGCAGAUAAAAUCAUUGAGUUCUCUGAAAUUAAUCUCAAGCAGACUCUUAGACUUUGCUUCUCUUCCUUAUUGCACCUGUAUUAGUUUAUGUUGCUUGUACACCUUCCACCAUACGUUUUCCCUCUACCCAACUUUCCAUUUUUAGGCUUGAUCAACAUAAUAUGUUUGGAUUAAAACUGUUUCUGUCACAUUCACAUUUUCAGAGAACCUGAAUUUUGGGAUUUAAUUCGGUGUAAGCCACAAUAAUCUAAACAAAACCACGUUAAGCAAAUCACUUGCUCCUUAUCAAAUGCAUAUGAAACAAAAAUAUAGAUCACAAAUGAGUGACUUGAUUUAUACUUUUCAGAUGAUUGGAUCUGAUCUACAAUAAAUUCUCAGUUUAAAUGCAUCAAGCACAAGUCUCUGACAGUGAGGUGGCUCCUGAUGUCCUGAUGCGUCGGUCCUCAGAUGCGCUACAGGUUUGUCAGACGCUGUACAGACAGGAAGCUCUGCCAUGUAAAAUCCGCGGUGAAUAAUAUAUUGACUUUUAUUUGAUUUUUGCGUUUAAUUCCAACAAACAAGCCAUCCCUCUUUAAUUUUUUUGACGGCUCUCUACUUGUUGGGAAGAGGAGGGUCGAAUGUUUGAAGUAUUCUGGUUGCAAAACUUUUGUUCAAUAAAUUGUUUUAAACACA